AUGAUAAACAAUAAGUUUGAUGAUGAUUUGGACGAUUUAUUAAAUGACAUCAAUUCAGUUAUGGAUAACAAACAGAGCAAACCAGUUUCAUAAUAAAACUAUUAGCCAUAACAACAGCCGAAUCAAAGUUAACAAUAAAAAAGGAAAUGUUUGUCUCCCCAAAUUGGAAACCAAUAACAAUUUCGAACAUGCACAAAUCUCAGAUGUCUUAAAUGUGAUCUCUAAGUUAAAUGUCACUUUAACUAAAAAUGGAACAAAGACGCAGAUUAUUUAAUAUUCAGAAACUAUUUUAAUAAUAUGGCAAUCUUAUAAAAGUAUUUGACAGAGGACAAUCAAUACAACGCAUACAAUUGUCAAUGCACUAAUAUUAAUGCUCUUGAAUCUAUAGAUGCACCACAGAAUUGGGUGUGUUCAGGACAUGCCAUUUGA